AUGGCUCUCACAGUGAAUGGACAGAACACAACUUCCUUUUCAGCUGGAUCUAACCUGACCGUGCUCUGUUCGUCCCAGUCCAAUCCUCCAGCUCAGCUUCAGUGGGCUUUCAGAGGAGAGCUCGUGAAUGUAACAGAUCCAUCGUUGGUGCUGUUGCAUGUCAGCGAAAACCAAAGUGGCCCCUACUCCUGUCUGGCCUUUAACAAUCGCACCAACAUGCACGACAACAUCACCGCACACAUCGUGAUAGCGAAUGUUGGCGACUCUUAUGGCUCACAGACGACUUUGAUCCAGUGA